AUGGCAAAAUCCAACAAGCUGCAGAGAAAGGGAAAAACCAACUCCCUAUCCGUGAAAAAAUCAUCAAACAAGUGCAAGCCAUCGGAGAACAAAGAAUUGGAAAACGCUGUAUGCUCCGUCUGCCUGGAGUCUCCCCACAAUGCAGUCGUCUUACUCUGCUCGUCUCACGAAAAUGGGUGCCGACCCUACAUGUGCGCUACCAGCCACCAAUUUUCAAACUGCCUUGAACAAUACACCAAAGCCUACGCCAAUGAUGAUGAUGUUGAUUUCGAACAAGAUGAGGUCCCGUGCCCUCUCUGCCGUGGACAGGUCAAAGGGUGGACCGUGGUCAAACCCGAACGCAAACUCCUCAACUUAAGGAAAAGAAACUGUGCACAUCACGAUUGCUCGUUUUCCGGGACAUAUAAACAGAUGAAGAGGCACGUGAAGUCGGAGCACCCUUUGGGGAGGCCCCGGGAAGUGGACCCCACGCAGGCCGAGAAAUGGAAGAAGUUGGAGAGUGAGAGGAACACUAGUGACGUGCAGAGCAUGAGGAGGUCGGCCAUUCGUGGGUCGGGCCUAGAAAAUGGGCUUGGGCGCGGCAGGCUGUUUGAGUGGGCUAGGCGCAGUUUGGGUCUAGGGUCCGAUUUGAAUGUGGGUUACUUUGGAUGGUAA